AUGUCUAGUGUUAGAUUUUUUUUAUGUAUUUUUCUAGUUCUUUUUACAUUUAUUGAUAUAGUUAAACCAUUUAAAGGAAAUUAUGGAGAAGCAAAUUUUUCCUUUUUUCAAGCAACACCUGCUAGCAAUAUAGAAGAACCUCAGAAAACUGAAUCAACCGAUGUACAAUCAAACAUAACACAAAAUCAAGAAAUUAAUAAUACGAAACCAUUACAAGAAAAUAUAACUAAUAAUCAACAAAAUAAUAAUGAACAACAAAAUAAUAAUGAACAACAAAAUAAUAAUGAACAACAAAAUAAUAAUAUACAACAAAAUAAUAAUAUACAACAAAAUAAUAUCGAUACAUCCAUAUCUCAUAUUCCAAACGACACAAUUAACAAUCCUAUAGAUAAUUCAAAUAUAAACAAAUUAGAUAAAUCAAAUGAUACAAAUAAUAUAAUAAAACACGAAGAAAAUAAUCAAACGAAAGGAAAUAACCUAGAAACUAUUAAACAUACAGAACCACUAACUAAUCAAAAUACAAAUGAAGUUAAAAUAAACGAUCUUAAUGAACAUGAAAAAAAUAAUGAAGAAAAUAAAAUACACGAGCAAUAUAAUAACAUAAAUCAGCAUUCACAUGAUAUAAAUAAAAACCAAAGUAUUAAUAAUAAUAUGAAUAAUGAAAAUGCAGAUAAAAAUGUCCCACAUAUAGAUCAAACUGCAAUGUCUAAUGAAAAACAUAUAAAUAAACAUACAACUAACCAUCCUAUUGAAUCACACAAUGCUGAAAAUGACCAUGAUAAAAUAAAUGAACCAACCCAUAGUGAGCAUGCUACCACCACAACAAAUGAACCUAUUCAUAUUGAACAUGCAGCCACUCCAACAAAUAAACCUAUCCAUAAUGAGCAUGCUACCACCACAACAAAUGAACCUACUCAUAGUGAAAAUUCUACCACUCCAACAAAUGAACCUACUCAUAGUGAAAAUUCUACCACUCCAACAAACGAACCUACUCAUAGUGAAAAUUCUACCACUCCAACAAAUGAACCUACUCAUAGUGAAAAUGCUACCACUCCAACAAAUGAACCUACUCAUAGUGAAAAUGCUACCACUCCAACAAAUGAACCUACUCAUAGUGAAAAUGCUACCACUCCAACAAAUGAACAACAUUCCCAUGAUCAAAAUAUGGAAGUUCAUCCAAAUGACAAACUAGCUGUUGUUCCGUUCCAAGGAAUAAAAAAUCACAUUCCUUCAAAUGAAUCACAACCAAUUAUAAGUUUUCCAAACGAAGAUGAUAAUCAUGCGCAAAAUGAAGGUUCUAUAAACACACCUUCUGAAGGGGAACACAAUAAUACAGAAAAUAAACAAGGUCCCAUCAUUACCCCAUUAGAAGGAGAACAACCAGGCACUGUACACAAAGAAGACCUAACACAUAAACAUAUGGUAGGGGAACAUGUGCCCACUCAAAAAACACAACACGGACCUAUCAUUACACCAGUAGGAGGAAAUCAUGCACCCCCUCAAACACAUCACGCACAUAUCAUUACACCAGUAGGAGGAGAACAUGCACAUGGGAAAGGAAAUAAUGAUACUACAUAUGUCACAAUGAACACAGAUGAAAGUAGCAGCAGCGAUACGAAAGGAGAACAUUCAAAUUUACGAUCUUAUAAUAAAAAUAUGAAUAAUAACCACUCGCAGCAUGAUCAAUAUGAUAGUGAUAUGUUAAAUAGCGAAGGAUCCGAUGAUGCAUAUUCAAGUAUGCAACAGAACUUUGAGAAAAACGGAAUCGAUAGUUUUAAAGGGAAAGGGUUGCAUGUAUCUUUAAGAGAAAGAAUAAUAAUCGAAAUAAUGGAAAGUGCAAAGAAUGGAAUAGAUGGUUUAUUAAAAUUAAAAGAUAGUAAAGACAGUGGCAAAUUAUUCAUGGAAGCAUUAGAAAAGUUAAAUAUAAAUAUGAAGGACUUAAAAAAGGAUAAAAAUUUAAUAUCAUUAGAAGUAUAUGAUAAAAUAUUAUCAACCAUGUUUAAAAUAUUAACCGAGAUGUCAUUUUAUGAAGAUUCCAAAUUUUAUGAAACCUUAGGUAUAAAAAAGGAUAUAUUAAAUCAAUCAUUAAAAGAUAUAAAAAUAAAAAUAUUAAGAAAACUUGGUGUUUCGUAUAGUAGGUUACCACCUAUAAUAAAACAUACAGAAGGGAAAUGUGCAAUCAAAGAUAUAAUUAUAAGUAUAUCAUCAAAAGAAUUAGCACAACGUAUGGCAAUCAUGUUUACAAAAUGGUUAGCUCCUGAUGAAUAUGGAACAGUUGUUGAUUAUAAAAAUAACGUAGAAUUAAAUGUAUUAUGUUCAGGUGCUCCUAUAAUUAUACAACAGUGGAAAUAUUAUCAAAAUAUGUUAGGGUUUGAAGAAGAUAAAGAUCAUGCAUAUUUAGGAUUAAUAGAUGAAUUAUUAGUUAUGAAUAAAAGAUAUAGUCAAAACAAAGACUAUGUUGAAACAUUAGAAAAAAUAAAAAAAUCUAAAGCUUUUAAGCAUUGUACAAAAAUUAUGAGAAUUGGUGGUAAGGUAUCAUCUGUACCUUUUAAUUAUGAAAAUGUAAAGAAACCAAGUUCAUCUAUUAUCGGUUCAUUGGGUAAUUUAAUUAAAGCUAAUAUUAAUACAUAUUAUAAGGCAACAGCCCAAAGAAUUAAUUCUUACUUUCAUUAUACUGAGAAAAAAAGUAAAAAAUCAAGCCCCUUGAAAAUUAUCUCAGUUUGUACUCUUCUACAUCUAACAGAUAUGUUAUAUAAAUGUUCAGAUGAAAAUUCUAAUGGAGUAAUGGAUUUAUAUAACUUACAACUUAAUACUUUAAAUAUGAAAGGUAAAAUGGUAUUACAGUAUUUAGUGCACUUGAAAUUCUUAACUCAGGAAAAAAAAAAUCAACUUAAGGAGAUAUGUGAACCCCAAAACGGACUAAUAGACGAAACAUUAACCAAGAUGUUAAUUCUACUAUCAACGGAUUCUCAUGAAUUAUUAUCACAUGAAUUAGAAAAUAAAGGAUUUGACGAAGAUUAUAUUCAAGACGAAAUAAAGAAUAUCAACGAAAGUGAUAACAAUAUUAGAGAUAAAGAAGAGGACGAUGUUGAAAAGAUGAUUUUUGAUGAUUUAUAA